CGGCUCCAUUUUAAAACUUGUCUGUAGAGCUUUUCAGUACAGUUUAAACAAUGACUCAAAGCACAUCCGAGAAAACAGUUUUUUGUCUGUCCACAAACAUCCAAAGCAUUGGACUUCAUUUCUACAGAACCUGUUACACGUGAUCCAGCUAAAAGUGGAAUGCAUACAUCUAAAAUAGAAAAUGAUCGACUGUGAUUGCGACAUGUGGGGGAAUCGGACCAGCACCACGUCCCAAGUUGGCUGUCUUGUGAUAGAUGAUUUGUCACCCACUGACCUGAACAUAAACAAGUUUCGUUCGGUGCACUGCAGUUUACAUAUUCUCGUGGAUAAACAGAGACAUCUAGUGGUGAAAAAGUACAUGUGACAGCCAGCUUGGUAACAGCCUCGGCUCUGCACCGUACCCACAGAUCCCCGGUUCGCGGAGUAGGUUACGCUCCGCCCCCUCCGCAAGCGCCCCGCAUACUCUGCCAAAGCAAGGACACCAAUAUCUCCUGGGCGACGAGGAAACAACCGUGAAUAAAGGUCAUAUAUUGUGUAACACUCUCUGGGGACUGCGCUUACCGGCACACGAAAGGAUACUCGUCAAUAUAGAAAGUAUCACAUUCACACAUUGGGAUAGCCUACUUUUCUCCUUCCUCUCCAUUCCAAGUGUCAAACUACGUGGUAGGCUACAACAAAUUUGAAAUGUAACGCUAUACAUGCCUGCCGGGAUACAUGAGUUACAGUCAGCUGGAUGCAGCUUUCACUCCGAAACAAUGGGCAGAUGUUGAUUUGGUUUUGGGCACCACUGUCCAUCGCUAAAUUUAAUUGUUGAUGGACAAUAAAUUUAACAGCUGCGGGACAGAGAUCAACCUCCCCUGGGUCGCCUCUGUAGCGCCCCCCUACAGCCCGAAAACUUUCCUCUCUCGAAGUGAUUUCCUCCCCUGUUUUUACUUCCUGUUUUCAACGGGAGUCACUUAGCUCAGCUCCUUUCAUUUCAACUUUUGCUCCUCUUUACCGUACUCUGCUUUUUCUUAUAUUAAUCCUUAUCUGCUGUCGCUUCUUUUCGACAAAGUUGCUCGAACUAAAUCUCUUCGUCUCUUCUCUCGAUUUUUUUACGGACAGAAGAAAAUGUUGGACUCGAUUUUAACUUCGGCCCAGAUGGAUUUUACGUAGAUCUUGUUUUUAUUUUAAAAUAUGGGCCGUACUUUACAUCUUGUGACACUUUCUAAAAAAGAUUCGUUUUCUUCUCUGCUAGGCUUGUCCACCUUCGAUCAUUCACUAGCAACAUAGAAACCUAGCAAGCUCGAUAGCUACCUCUCCUUUGCCGACUUACAGUUUGCACCAUAUUCUAUUUGUAAUACGUUUUGAUACCGUUGUUAGCUUUUUACUUUUUUAAUUUAUUUCUUUUCGAAAGUUAUUAUGGCUGACUUCCAGCGUCCAACGUUGUGCUGUUGCCGGAAGGUGCUGACGGUGCCCAGCAAGUCGUGUGAGGGUGGCCGGGGGAUGGGACACUGUCACCGGGUCGACAUUGCUUCGGCGUCCAACUUCCAUAGCUUUAAGCUCCGUCAUUUCCACCUCGACCUCCGCCUCAAUUUUGCAAUAAAGGAAAUGACGGGUUGGCAGGUUCUAGAACUGGUACCAGUCCAGCCCGGGGUGCAAACUCUGGUUCUGGACACACACCCGUCCCUGCUCAUCCAUUCCAUAGACUGCAAGGUGCCCGGAACUGCCGGCGCCCCGGACACCUCUCUUUCACUUACCUACCGGGUGGACCCUUUCACCGAUUACGGUUCUUCACUCAACAUCAGCCUCCCGGCCGCUGUGAUCCGACCACACCGGGCGUUCCAGAUCACCAUCCGCUACACUACGACAGACGGCCCUGCGAUAUGGUGGCUGGAUGCGGAACUGACCUGUGGACAGACUCGGCCCCUGGUCUUCACUCAGGGACACUCUGUGUGCAACCGCUCCUUUUUCCCAUGUUUCGACACACCGGCUGUCAAAAGCACCUACUCCGCCACUGUCCGAGUGCCAGAGGGGGUAACGGUGCUCAUGAGUGCUUCGCACAGUGCAUACUCCAAAAGGGACAGGGUCUUCCAGUUCUCCAUGGAGUUCCCCGUUCCGGCGUAUCUGGUGGCGCUUGUAGCAGGAGACCUGCAGCCUGCCGAUAUUGGCCCCAGGAGUCGGGUAUGGGCGGAGCCCUGUGUGCUGACUUGUGCUGUCAGUAAGCUAGGUGGCAGUGUGGAGCGCUGGCUGGGUGUUGCAGAGGGGCUGUUCGGACCAUACGUUUGGGGCAGGUAUGACAUCGUGUUCUUACCACCCUCGUUCCCCAUUGUUGCCAUGGAGAACCCCUGCCUGACGUUCAUCAUCUCUUCCAUACUGGAGAGUCAUGAGUUUCUGCUGAUCGAUGUCAUCCACGAGAUCGCCCACGGCUGGUUCGGGAACGCUGUCACCAACGCCACCUGGGAGGAGAUGUGGCUGAGUGAGGGACUGGCCACCUACGCACAGAGACGCAUCACUACAGAGGCCUAUGGUGAGGCCUUCACCUGCCUGGAGACGGUGUUCCGCCUGGACGCUCUGCACAGACAGAUGCGGCUGCUGGGGGACAACAACCCCGUCAGCAAGUUGCAGGUCAAGUUUGAGCCAGGUGUGAACCCCAGUAGUCUGAUGAACUUGUUCACUUAUGAGAAGGGCUUCUGCUUUGUGUCCUACCUGUCCCAGCUGAGUGGAGACAUAAAGCGCUUUGACAGCUUCCUAAGGGCCUAUAUCGAGCAGUUUAAGUUCAGCAGUGUUGUGGCCCAGGACCUGCUGGAGUUCUUCCUGGGCUUCUUCCCUGAGCUGAAGGAGGGCUGUGUGUCCCAGAGAGAGGGACUUGAGUUUGAGCGCUGGCUGAACGGGUGUGGCCCUCCCCUGUGUGAGCCGGACCUCUCUGCCGGGGGGGUGCUGACUGGCCCGGUCCAGCAGCUCUGUGAGCUGUGGGGGUCUGACCCCCCCGAUUCCCAGGCCAUUGCGACCUUCGACCUCACCUCCUGGAGCACCUUCCAGACAGUACUGUUUCUGGACCGACUGCUGGACCGAUCUCCCCUCUCCCACGAGGUGAUGACCCGCCUGUCAUGCUGCUACUCUACACUAUUGGAUGGCAUGAACGCGGAGGUGCAGAUUCGCUGGCUGCAGAUCGUGGUUCGGAACAGCUUCUAUCCCGACCUGCCCCGAGUCCGCAGCUUCCUGCACAAACAUACAUCUCGCAUGUACACGGUGCCUCUCUAUGAGGACCUGUGCUCAGGGGUGAUGAAGUAUUUUGCGGUGGAGGUGUUCUACCAGACCCAGGCCCGUUUACACCCCAACCUGCGCCGGACCCUCCAGCAGAUCCUGUACCAGACCAGCGCUGUCCCCACCGGGGCCACCCCACCGCUGCUGCCCCCGCCCGCCACGGCCCCCGCCUCCGCCGACCCCCCCGCUGCCGGAACCAUCGCCCUGAGAGACGUCAACGUGUCUGCCUGAGAGAGCCGCAGACGGACAGACAGACACGCGUAGGCUGGAAGAGACAUGGUGAUGCUGACUGGUCCUGGAGUAGGAGCAGAAUAGGACUGAACCUGGCCGAAGUAUUAAGUCUGGUCUGAAGGAGACUGGACCGGGGGGGGGGAGGAAAGAGACCACUGCGCACACUCAAGGAGGCGCACACGCAUACGCAAGCAGUGGUUUAUUUAAUGUUGUUUUGGCAUGUCCGAAUUAUGUAAGCUAACUGUUGAAGCUGCUCUGGGGCAAGCAGCAGACAGAUGAUCUGCCUUUCUGUCUGUCUGUUUGUCCAUCUUUCUGUUUAGCAGUUUGUCCGUGCCUGUCUUUGUAUAUAUGUAUGCAUGUCUCAAAAGUGCCCAGGCAAAGCCCUUGAGCUGGAUUGUGUGUGUGCGUGUGUGCCUGUGUGUACGUGUGUGUGUGUGUGUGUGUUCGUGUGCUUGUAUGAGAAACCCUGGAACAGUUCAUACCCAUCAACAGUAGCUGGACCCAACUGGGUUAGAUUGUCUGUUGACUGCUUGACUUGAUACUAGUGAAUUGUUGGUCAAUGGACUGGACCAUGUUUAGACUCAUGCAUUGCUUUAACUUGACUGGACCAGGUUCAGAACCAACUUCCAGUCUCUCAGUUAAAGUGACAGUGUGAGUCAGUGACUUGAGGUACUUCUGCUCAGAGCAUAUUUUGAGAGAAGCGUUAUGUAUGAAUAUGUCCCUUCCUAGGGCAGAUUCGAUAAAGAAAUCAGUGACACAAUUUACUCAUAACACUACACUUUUAUGCCAUUAUCAAUGAUCGAGUGGAAUCCACUUGGAGAUUCACUACAGAUUCACUUGGCGUUCAGAGCAGAAACACAUUUAGGAACGAAGCUGGAAAAACCCAGCUCUGCCUUCCUUUUCCUCAGCCAGCCUCCCUAACCCUCCCUAUAACUCCCUCAUAUGUACCUGGUGCUAACUCCUCCCACCUUGCAAUCUCAGGUAUGUCUUUCAAGAGGGAGGGGGAGGAGCCACAUAUGUGCCUUUUAAAAUCUAGAACUUCAUUAUGCAGGUCAUGUUUGUUUUUUGCGGCUGAUCCUAGUACAGGACCUAAUUCUACACUAAUUGGUUGGGUAUUAGUGAAGGGGAUGGAUCAUCUGACCUUAGUUCAGUUGCCAAUGGCAGAAAAGAGCACCCAGUGCAAACUGUAGAUCAGAUUAUUGCUCUCCCCGCCAUAUUAGGCCCCGGCAACUACUUGGCGCGCACACGUAGAACCGUGUGCUGCUCGUCUCUUCCUGUGCAUCACAGGCUCUUUUGUGAAAGACUGGCAAAUUUUUUCAAGGAGAGAUGGAUCAAUGGGGUAACAAUUUUGAGAACAAUUAUGUAAUUAUGUUCAUUAAAUAUGUUUUUCCUUCAGUAUUUUAAUUUCCCUGCUGUUAACGGACCAUAUACCCCAGAAUUAUGAUUGAAAGGUCAGUGACUGUUCUGAUAGUUUAAUUAGGGUAGUACAGGGUGGGGCUGGACGGGUGGGGGGUGUGGGGAGGGGGGCAGCGCAAAAUACACCCUUUUCAGGAGCCUUAUUGAUUUGCACAAAUUGAGAGAUCGCUGUAUUUCAUUGUUUUAUGUGUAAUAAAGACAUGACGUUUCCUGUUUUUCAAAGUG